UAUCCAUUCCCCCGCUUUCUUUCCCCGAUACCUUCUCCUUGUCUCGCUCUUCCCGACUCUCUCUCUUUCACUCGCUAUCUCAUUCCCACCUACGCCAGUUUCUAAGAUGAAUGUGGAGAAGCUAAUGAAGAUGGCUGGUGCAGUGCGCACUGGUGGGAAGGGUAGCAUGAGAAGAAAGAAGAAGGCAAUUCACAAGACCACAACUACAGAUGAUAAAAGACUUCAAAGUACCUUGAAGAGGAUAGGAGUGAAUGCCAUACCGGCAAUUGAAGAGGUUAAUAUUUUCAAGGAAGAUGUAGUGAUCCAAUUCAUCAACCCCAAAGUUCAAGCCUCCAUUGCUGCAAACACAUGGGUUGUUAGUGGUUCUCCUCAGACUAAGAAAUUGCAAGACUUGCUUCCCCAAAUUAUUCACCAAUUAGGUCCUGAUAACAUGGAGAAUUUGAAGAAACUGGCUGAGCAGUUCCAAAAGCAGGCACCUGGUGCUGCUGGUGCUGGUGCUACAACAGCACAAGAAGAGGAUGAUGAUGAGGUGCCAGAACUUGUUGCUGGUGAGACCUUUGAAGCCGCUGCAGAGGAGGGUCAUACUUCUUAGAGUUUUCAAGUGAAUUUUGUGCUUUCUUAUAUUUUCAAUGUUGAGGCCUGUUUUGCGUUAGUUUGGUAGCUUGUUUGAUGUUAACUAUAACAUACUACACAAUGGUUACUCUUUAAUCACCCUCUGAAAAUGUUUUCAUUGCUUUAUAUUAUUUUGAGGAUCAGGGGUGUAACCCUGGCAAAGCCAAAUUGUUCUCC